AUGGUGCCCGCGGCAGAUGAAGAUGCCCACGCGGAACAGGAAAAGGGGGCUUCCUUGUGGUUCCAGGGUCCUGCGAUUCCUGUGCGUGCUCGCCGCAGCGCCCAGCCCACUGGGACAUGUCCAUACGAAAGCUCCAGAAAAAAAAAGACCUUCGAGAAGCUGGGACGCGAGAUGCUGGCUGGUUGA